ACCCAUUCCGUAUUUGAGUAUUUGAAGAGAAGAGAGAAAAUUAUUCCGAGAAAAAAUUUACAGAGAGAAACUGAGAAGAAACGAUUAGACUUAAACCGGACUCUGAGUCCUCUCACCGGAGAUGAAGAACUGCGAGCUCUGCCAGCUACCUGCUCGGACUUACUGCGAAUCCGACCAGGCAAUUCUCUGCUGGGACUGCGAUUUCAAGGUUCACGGCGCCAAUUUCCUGGUGGCCAGGCACUCCAGGACGCUCCUCUGCCACGCGUGCCACGCGCCGACGGCCUGGAAAGCCUCCGGCGAGAAGCUCGGCCAUACUUUUUCCGUCUGCGAGCGGUGUGUGGCCAGAAACGAAAGCAGAGGCGACGACGAAGAGAGCGAGGCCGGUAAUGAUGAUACGGAUGAUGAUGACCUAGAUGAAGAUCAGGACUCCGAUUCUGACGACGACGACGGCGAUCUUGAUUUCGAUGAGGAAGGUGAGAAUCAGGUGGUGCCUUGGGCUUCGACGCCUCCUCCGCCCUCCGCGAGCUCUUCGAGCAGCGAAGGGGCUCACAGUGACGAUAGAUAUGGCCGCCGCUCAGUCGGCGCGGUUUCGUUGAAGCGAACCAGAGAUAAUGCUUCUGAUCUUCGCUCUCAUGACGAUCUCCGCCGUUUAACCGCACGACUGAGGUGUGAAACAGCUUGCACCGCCCAUACCGACGGCGGCGCAACUUCGAUUGACUGCAGGAUACCUUCAAAAGACCGGAAACUGGAUCUUAACGGUUCAGGUCCGAGAUUCUCGCUCCCUAUUGAAUCUCUGAGGAGAAAUUUCCGGCAAAAUGACCGUAAACUCAGCGAAGCCGUCGAUCUUGACUCCUCCGAGCCUCGUAUCCCUCUGAUAUGAGGUGAGUCUUUUAAGGGUUGUUAUGACUUGUGAAGAAGGAACCUCUGGGCAGAAUAAAAGUGGUGGUGGUGGUGGUAGCUGGAAGCUGCAGGGAAAGUAAAAGGAGGGAGGGAGGAGGAGAAGGUAGUGGUUUGGUAUUCUUUUUUCUUCUUGUGGUGGAGAAUUUGUCAGUGUG